GAACCCACCACUGGAACCACCACUGCAGGCCGAAGAUCACGUUUCAAAUCACGGGACCAAAUCAUCGGCUCAGCGGGCCACGGCAAAUUGUGAAGCUUGGUUCAGCAGCACAUAUCACCCAUCUCCCCGUCGACGACGUCCGUCUCUGCAACAGAGGCCAAUAUCCCAACCCCGCCAAUUGGCCGACGACAUCACCAUGAACUCGCUUCGUGUCGCCCGUGUAGCUCUCCGGGCCCGCCCGUCGGCCGUCCGAGUCCCGCUGCAGCGAAGAGGUUAUGCUGAGGCCGUUUCCGACAAGAUCAAGCUGAGCUUGUCGCUCCCCCACCAGUCCAUUUACAAGUCCCAGGAUGUCGUGCAGGUCAACAUCCCCGCCGAGUCGGGCGAGAUGGGCGUCCUGGCCAACCACGUCCCCUCGAUGGAGCAGCUGAAGCCCGGCCUGGUCGAGGUCAUUGAGGAGAGCGGGGGCAGCAAGCAGUUCUUCCUGUCGGGCGGCUUCGCCAUUGUCCAGCCCAACUCUCACAUGAGCAUCAACGCCGUCGAGGGCUUCCCCCUCGAGGACUUCAGCGCCGAUGCCGUCAAGGCCCAGAUCGCCGAGGCCCAGAAGGUGGCCAGCGGCAGCGGAAGCGAGCUGGACAUUGCAGAGGCCAAGAUCGAGCUGGAGGUGCUGGAGAGUCUGCAGGCUGUCCUGAAAUAGACUUCUGUCAUAGACAUGCCCAUCUUAUCCCUGUAACAUAAUCUGAUUAUAAAAAAGUUGCCCCCCA